AUGGGCGCUCGCAGGGAGACGUUUCGUUGGGGAGAUGCGGAGGAGGAAGAGGAGGGAUUAGAUUCCGUUCUCCCGCCUACGCAGACGAUCGGACCCGACGAGAAGGGAAUCAAGAUCGUUAUCGAGUGGCGUCUUAACGAGGAGGGCCAGCGCGUUAAGGUGACGAAGAAAAUCCGCGUUAAGAAGCAACUCAAGAAGCUGAAGCCCGAGGUCAUUCGCCGCCGGAGUCUCAAGAAAUUCGGCGACGCGGUCGGGCAGGUCGGCUCCGACAACUUCACCAUGGUUUCCACAGAGGAGAUUUUUCUCGAGCGGCCCAACCAGGCGCAGUCGAAGCAGGACGAGCAGGCGAAACCCUCCGGCGACCUGGCGGCGAUCGGCAGCGCGUCGCUCAUGGUGUGUCGCAUCUGCGGCAAGAAGGGCGACCACUGGACCUCCAAGUGCCCCUUCAAAGACCUCGCCGCCGCGCGCGGGCUCGCCGUCGGGGAGAAGUUCGACGAGGACGGCGCCGCGCCGUCCGCCGCCGCCGGCGCGCCGUCCGGAAAAACCUCCUACGUCCCGCCGUCGCUGCGCGCGGGCGGCGCGGCGUCGCGCGCGGGCGAGGACAGCGGCGGCGGCGGGAGGCGCGGAGGCGGCAGGGACGACAGCAACUCGGUGCGCGUUACGAAUCUGUCGGAAGACACGCGCGAGCAGGACCUGCAGGAGCUGUUUGGGCCGUUCGGGCCUGUGUCGCGCAUCUACGUGGCGUUCGACCGCGAGACGGGACUCAGCAGGGGCUUCGCGUUCAUCAACUUCAUCAACAGGGAAGAUGCUGUUCGAGCAAUCAACAAGCUCGAUGGCGCAGAUGCGGCUCCGCGCAGGGGCGGCGCCAAGGGGAGCUCGAAAGGAAGCUCCAACACGUUGUCGCUCUCUGACGCAGUGAAAGCCUCGGAAAAGGCCAAGGGCGCCGUCUCAUACAGCCAGGACCUCGUGACGCAGCUCAAAGCCAAGGCCGACGACGCGAUUGCAGCCUCCGCAACCAAGGAAACCGAGGAGGAGACGGCCCUCGCAAAUUACGACACUGCAGCCGACACUUUCGCGACGUCCGUCUCCGAUCUUCCCAAGGCCAACUUCAAUGCCGAUCGUAAGAAGGCCCUCCAGGUGCGCCUCGCGGAGAAGCUCAAGGCCGCAACUGCUCGGUCCGCGACUGCGAAGAAAUACGCCGACGCGGUUACCGCAUUGGAUGCGCAAGUCCUCGCUGCUUCCGGCGCUGCCGAAACGGGUUCCACCGCCGCCGCUGACGCUCUCACCGCUGCUCUUGACGCCGUCGAUGCCGCGAAUGCUGCGGCUAAGGCCGACCCAAGCAGCGCAACCCGUGCGGCAGCCGCCGAGAAGGCUGUCGCAGUGGCCGUCGCACAGAAGGUCGCAAGCGGGUGGGAAGUGCACUUGGCGACUCUGGCGAGCCUCAAGGAUGCUUCCGCCACACUCAGCGCGGACGCGACGAAGGCUUCCGACGACGCGACGACGGAAGAAGGCACCAUCAAGACGGCAAAGGAGACGGCCGAUGCUGAUCUCGCGACUGCCAUUGCGGAUGCUGCUACCGCGCAGCAGACGUACGACGCGGCGAAGCAGGCGCUCAACGCGGCGGACGCCGCCCUGGCUCAGGUUCGCACGGCGGUGAACAAGGCCCGGGCGUCCCAGGUUGACAAGGUCAAGGCGAUGAGGGAUGCCGUUACCUCACUAUACACGAAAAUUCUUGCGAACAUCGGCGCGUCGAAAACGUGGGUGGAUGUUACCACCUCGGCGACACUCGCCGGGCAGAAGGACUGGGAGAACCGCGCGUCAGGCAAGGCUGCCUCAGAUCCCAAGGCUCUCAGCAACAUGGACAGCAUCGUCAAGGGCUCUGAGAAGGGCUCCAGUGCCGGUGACUCCAGCGGCGAGGCUGUGUAA